CAUUUGGCGAGUGAACUUAAUGUAUCCGUGGGAAAAAUUCAUUCAAUUUUGAAAAAAAAUAAGUAUCAUCCAUAUCGGCCAAACUUAGUUCAACAUUUGGUACCUGGUGAUUCAGAGAGAAGACUUACGUUUGUUGCAUGGUUAUUGGUACAAACUCAAGAGGAACAAAGAUUUUUGGACUACAUUUUUUGGAUUGACGCAUCCAAAUUUACUAAUAACGGUAUUAUUAACAAACAAAAUAAUCGAUAUUGGUCUGAUAGUAAUACAUUUUGGACAAAUGAUACUCAUUUUCAACACGUAUGGGGAACAAAUGUUUGGUGUGGACUUGUAGGUGGCAAAUUACUUGGUCCUUAUUUUUACGAUGGUACGUUGACUGGUAUUAGAUACCUCGACUUCUUGUCAAACCAGUUAUCCAUUUUUAUGGAAGAUAUUCCAUUAAACAUUCGCGCACAUUUAUUUUUUCAACAAGAUGGAGCACCCGCGCAUAACGCAUUAAUUGUACACAAAUAUUUAGAACAAGCUAUCAAUCAUAGAUGGGUACUCGUGGGCCAGUAGAAUGGCCGCCAAGAUCACCAAAUUUAACACCUUUGGAUUUUUUUUUGUGGGGACAUCUGAAGAUGGUUGUCUAUUCUAAUCCACCAAAUGAUCUUCAAGAUUUGAAGAAUAAAAUAAUUGUUGCAACAGAGGAAAUAAAUUAAUUUUUAACAGAGGAACAAAUACUUUCUUUUCUGCGACACACAAAGAAGUACUGCGACGGUGUGAA